AUGAAUUCUAAGAACAAUAAUUUAAAUCGUAUUUUUCAAUCCAUUAAUAAUCAAAAUUACUUUGAAAAAAAUGAUAAAUUGUUGUUAUAUCUUUAUACUGGAUAUUGGAGAAGAUUGCGUUUUAAAAAAAGAACAAUAAAUGUGUAUAGAAAGAGAAAUUUACCUCUUUAUUCAGAUAGUUCCGAAAUCAAGUUGAGGAAAAUAAAUAAUCUCAAGUUAAGAAAGGUAAUUGAUAAUAAGAUUCCUGCAUUAGAUCGGCGCUUAGAUCGAUAUAUUGACAUUAAAAUAAGAUUAACGAUAUCUCAAAAUUGUAUUUCGGUUAAUGAUAAAAGAAAAGGGAUCCAAUCGCAAAUAAUAAAUGAAAAAAUAUUGUUUUUAAAUGAGAGCGAUAAUAAGCAAAAGUAUAUGCUAUUCGGUAAAAAAUAUGAUGAAAAUGAUUUGGAGCAAAAUCAUCUUGGAUUUUACAACUUAAAUAAAGCUAGAGAAAACAUGGAUUUAGGAUUAAGACCACGCAAACAUCGAUUUAUUCGUAUCGUUAGAAGUCCAUUUGUUAGCUCAUCAAAAGAAAUAGAAUGGGAUAUAUCAAGAAGAUGCAAUGCAUUAUGA